GUCAUCCGCAUGUACGGCGUCAACGCUGCCGGAAACAGCGUCUGCGCGUUUGUCCACGGCUUUGAGCCAUACUUCUACAUUGAAGCCUCGCCCAGCUGGGACCGCGACGUCCGGCAGGCGAUUGGGGAGCAAUUGAACGUGCGUCUACGUCUGUUUAGCAAGACAAAAGGCGGACCGGCUGUGAUUCGCAUCGAGCUGUGCCAAAAGGCGUCCAUUUGGAACUACCAGGGCCCCGACGCAAAGCGCAGCUUCUUGAAAAUCGUUGUUAGCGUGCCAAACCUGGUUGCACCAGCUCGAGGCCUUUUUGAAGGGGGCCUACAUAUCAAAAGUGUGGGCGAGUACAUCAAGUGCACAACGUUCGAGAGCAACGUGCUGUACACGUUGCGCUUCAUGGUUGACACCAAGGUCGUGGGAGGCAAUUGGAUCGAGCUGCCCGCGGGGACGUACUUCCUGCAACGCAACCAGCAGCUCACCCACUGCCAAAUCGAGGCGCACGUGCACUACACCAAAUUCGUCUCGCACCCGCCGGAGGGGGAGUACUCAAGCGUCGCGCCGCUGCGCAUCAUGUCAAUCGACAUUGAGUGCUGCGGUCGCAAGGGCUGCUUCCCGGAAGCCAAGAUCGACCCGGUUAUCCAGAUCGCCAGCAUGGUCAGUGUCAGCGGCCGCACUGAGGGCCCAGUGGUGAAGAACGUGAUGACGCUAGGGAGCUGUGCGCCAAUCGUCGGGGCGGAAGUCAUGUCGUUCGAUGACGAGAAGGACAUGCUGCUUCGCUGGCGAGACCUGCUCAUCGAGUCCGACCCGGACAUCAUCAUCGGCUACAACAUCUUGAACUUCGAUCUGCCGUACCUUUACGAGCGGGCAGACGCGCUCAAAAUUGGCGCAAAGUUUCAGGUCUGGGGCCGCGUGCGUGGCAGCCAUACCCGCAUGCGUGACAGCCAGUUCAGCUCCAAGGCCUACGGCACUCACGAGUACAAGGACAUUACCAUUGAAGGACGUGUCCAGUUCGAUCUGCUGACUGCCAUUCAGCGUGACCACAAGCUUUCCUCCUACUCACUCAACAGCGUGUCCGCUCAUUUCCUAGGCGAGCAAAAGGAGGACGUGCACCACAGCGCCAUUGCUGACCUGCAGGCCGGCAACGAGGAGACACGCCGUCGCUUGGCCGUUUAUUGCCUCAAGGACGCGUACCUGCCGCAGCGACUCUUAGACAAGCUAAUGUACACCUACAACUACAUUGAGAUGGCCAGGGUGACAGGAGUGCCACUGUCGUACCUGCUCACCCGCGGUCAAUCCAUCAAGGUGUUCAGCCAGCUGUUGCGGAAGGCGCAGGUCAAGGACUUCGUCAUCCCUAACAUCAAGGUGACGGGUCCCGCCAACGGCGGCGAUGGGGUUGGCUAUGAGGGAGCCACGGUGCUUGAGCCCAAAAUCGGCUUUUACGAGCGCCCGGUUGCCACGCUCGAUUUCGCGUCGCUGUACCCGUCUAUUAUGAUGGCCCACAACCUGUGCUACACCACGUUGGUGCCCAACGACAGGUUGGCGACGGUUCCAGUCGAGGACCGCGCGCAGAGCCCCUGCGGCGACUGGUUCGUGCGGGGUACCCGGCAACGGGGGCUGCUCCCCGAGAUUUUGGAGGAGCUGCUUGCGGCAAGGAAACGGGCCAAGAAUGAUUUGAAGGCGGAGACGGACCCUUUCAAGCGCGCCGUGCUAGAUGGCAGACAGCUUGCGCUGAAGGUGUCGGCAAACAGUGUAUACGGCUUCACGGGCGCGACGGUGGGCAAGAUGCCGUGCCUGGCCAUCUCCGCUUCCGUGACGUCCUACGGUCGCGAGAUGAUUAUGAAGACACGUGCCCUGGUGCAGGAGCAUUACACGCGGGCCAACGGCUACGAGACGGACUGCGAGGUCAUCUACGGUGAUACCGACUCCGUCAUGGUGAACUUCAAGGUGUCCGACGUCACACGUGCCAUGGAGCUUGGUCGCGAGGCUGCGGGUUUCGUUUCCAAGGCCUUCCCGCCGCCGGUCAAACUCGAGUUCGAAAAGGUAUACUUUCCGUACCUGUUAAUGAACAAGAAGCGCUAUGCUGGGCUGCUAUGGACGCGACCGGAAAAGCACGAUAAGAUGGACAGUAAGGGUAUUGAGACUGUCCGUCGUGACAACUGCUUGCUGGUGCGCAACGUGGUGACCACCUGCCUGGAGCGUAUCCUCAUCGACAAGGACAUCGCGGCCGCGAAAGCCUACGUCAAAGGGGUCAUCGCGGACUUGCUCAUGAACAAAAUCGAUCUGUCGUUACUCGUGAUCAGCAAGGGUUUGACCAAGGACGGAGAUGAGUACGACACCAAGAUUGCCCACGUGGAGCUGGCCAAGAAGAUGCGCAAACGCGACGCUGCCACAGCGCCUGCUGUUGGUGACCGUGUGCCGUACGUCAUCAUCAAGGCAGGUGCCGCGAAGGGAGCCAAAGCAUGGGAGAAGGCGGAGGACCCCAUUUAUGCGUUGGAGCACUCCUUGCCCAUCGACUGCCAGCAUUACCUUGAGCACCACCUCAGCCAGCCCCUGCUGCGCAUCUUUGAGCCCGUCAUGGGAAACCCCAAGGAGCUGUUGUGCGGCGACCACACUCGCUGCAUCGCGGUGUCGACACCCAGCAGUGCGUCCGGUGGCAUAAUGCGGUUCGCCAAGGUCACGUUGAGCUGCUUGGCUUGCAAGGCACCCUUGCCGUCCGGCUCUAAGGACAGCCUUUGCUCGCACUGCAAACCCCAGGAAUCUGAAAUCUAUUCGCGCACGCUUGAAACAGUUUCAGAGCUGGAGGGGCAGUACGGCGCGUUGUGGACCGCCUGUCAGCGCUGUCAGGGCUCACUGCAUAUGGACGUGUUGUGCACCUCGCGUGACUGCCCCAUAUUCUAUCGCCGCAAGAAGGUGCAGAAAGACCUCAAUGAGGCGAUGGCGCAGCUGGAACGUUUCGGCACCGAUGGGGACCUGGACUGGUGA